AUGGAUGUGGUGCACCUGCCCUCGGAUAUUGCGGUCGGCUCUGUCAUUUAUGGUGGCUAUGUAGCCAGCGUGAUGACAGAAUACGCACUCUAUUACGCCUCCCAACACCCCAAACUGCAAACUCAGAUUGACCUUCGAAAUUCUUAUGUCCAAUUCUACCGUCCGACAUUUGACUCGGCACCAUUGAUUAUGACCUUGCGAGAAGUGAACAUCGGCAAAGGACAGUCUACCCUCCGUGUCGAAUCAUUCCAGAAUGAGAAGAUCACUGCGUCUGCGGAUAUAAGCAUCACCAACUUAUCCAUCGCAGGCAUCACCUUUCAAACAGACUGGCGUCUCUUCACGCCCCCCUCUCCCGUGGACCUCACGAAACUCGAGAUAGACAGUGACCCUAACUGGAUUUCCUACCACUGCGCCUUCUAUCCCGAAGGAUUCCGAAGGGGCCAGUCCUACGUCAAGAACUUCAUCCCGAGAGUUCUGCCCACCGACUUCCCAUUCAUCGAGCAAUGGGUUGAACCGGGUUGGGACUAUCUCCCGCUAGGCUCUCGGCCGUCAGGAAGCGGAAGCAAGGCCCGAUGGACUAAUGACAUGAUACAGUUUGUGGGAGACAUGGCGUUUCCCAUUCAAGAUAACUAUGUCCCUCACGGAGAAGGGAAGCCGUUGCCAAUGGGGAGUAUAGCGGCACUGCUCGAGUUUGCGAAGCGCCAAGAAAAGGCCCGCAAUGAAGGACGGAGCGAUUGGAGAGUUCUCAAUGAUGAUGGCGCCAGAAACUUUUGGGGCAAAACGCUGAACGUCUCCUUGACCCUCUCUACAGAGAUCAAGCAAAGGCUUCCCGCGGAGGACGUCCGAUGGCUCUACUUGCGGACUGAGUGCAAGAGGAUCUUAAACGGCCAAAUGGAUAUGGAGGUUCUUAUUUUCGAUGAAAGGAUGGAUCUAAUUGCUAUCAGUCAACAGAUAGCGGCUCUUGUACCUGCUAACUCGAAGAUCCAGAAAUUGUGA